CGAGAUUACUGCACGAUCAAUUUUCCAAUCUGUUGGUAAAGAUGUUCGGCGAGAAAAGCAAAGAACAGAAUGAGCAUUGUACAGUUUCAAGAUCAAAAGCUCAAGGUGAAAAGCUGGCUGAUUGACGAGUGAUCGAUAUGAUUGCAAAUAGGAGAUCUUCACUGUCACCAAAUCCAAAACUUCCAACGCAGGGAUCAAGUGGAUAAGAGGAAGAUCAAGGGAUCUGCCACAGAGAGAUCCAUUUCUAACAAGAUUCCCUCCCGCUGUCGUGAAGACAACAACCAACGCCGUUGUUUGGGGUCAAUAAUAGUGUUCCUUGUCAUGAACAUGAUUGCCAGAUCAGUUAGUUUUACAUGAUUUAGUGAAUGAAGGAAUGAAUGAAUGAGUGAAUCAUUUUCUUAAAGAGUUGAACACAAAGAUAGUGCAACUAAAAUUCUGAAGGCGCAUAUGAAUUAGUAGCAGCAAAUAUAUCACCUCUCCUCUUCGUGAGAAAAAUAAUACAACGUCACGCAGAGCUAAAAACAUUCUCAUGAAAUCAUUAUAAACAGGUAUGCGCGGCGGUUCUUCAUUGCCGAGGACCAAAGACGCAACCAUCGAUCGCAUUGCAUUUUAGACAAGGAUUGACUGUAUCGAAUAGAAAGCGUAAGUCACUUGAUUUGAUUUGAGAAAGUGUAUUAAGUAGCCACUAUUACUAUACAGAAAGAGGAUAGCUCCAUCAGCAUCACUGCUGUAAAGAUGUCGUGCGGCAUGUAUCAUAGUAUAUAUGGCUCCAGGGGCACUCCUCAGGAAAAAGGUGAAGCCCUCGCCGAAGCAGGAGAGAUCCUCUCGCCGUUUGAUUCUGCUAGCGCGGCGGUUAAGAAGUUGGAGGCCGCACUUAAGCAUCGGCAUUUCCAGUUUCCACCAACGGACGCAGAGGCGCAGGAGAACGAAAGUCCCACAGAUCUCGCUGAAGCGAAGCAGCGGCUGCUCUCGAGCUGCGACACAGCACGCAUGGAGCUGCUCGCUAUAAAUGAUGCUCCUUGCCGGGGCUGGAUGGUGGAUCUCGAAGCCAAAGCUGAGGUAUGGGCUAAGAGGUUGAUACGUCUGCACCAAGUUGUCGAGGACGAUUGCGAUGCUCUGACGGUGCGCGAAGGUCGCUUUCUCGUGGUUGACGGGGUAAAGUGCCCCCAGUAUAUAAAAGACGGCGCUUCUCGCGUUGCCGCUGCUCAAAGAAUGAGCAGCCAGCUACUGCAAAAGUGGGGCUCGAAAGGGGCGAUCGACUUCAUCACGAGUAAGAAGGCUGAAAUCGGGCGGAAGGUGGCUUUCGAGGGGAUCGAGGCUGUUGCGGAGCUUGUCGACUAUUGGGAUGCCGUGCUGCGACAAGUGAAGGACGACCUCGGGAAGGAAACUGAAAAGGUUGAGCCACGCGCUGACGAGGGGGAUGGUGAUGGAGAACCCGCAUCAGCGAAGCGUCGCCGCGUGGAAAAGGGUGCUGCAACCGACAAGAAAAGCAGCGAGGUCGGAAGUCGAGAAGAGGAGCGUCUGCGUGACCAAGAUUUUGACACCGAUUCCGAGUCUGAGCCUACUAUCUCACCGCUUUCCACUCAGCUGUUUCGUGAUAACCACCGGAUGUGGGAAUAUGUUCGAGAGUUACGGCGAUGUGGAAACGACAUCGAGGACGCGCACUGCGGCGGUUCGACUUCGUUGGCACCGUUCAUGAUGACGGCCAUUUCUGCGUCUCUGCAGUGUGCGUCUUCCCUGAGAAAGCAGAAAACGCAAUUUGCGGACCGGCGGGGAUUUCGCGUGCUCAUCGCCGUUUCGAAAGUAUUUUUCGAAGAAGACACAACUUGGAUUUUGGACAACGAUAUGCCGGAUAAUUGCAUCCAGUCGCUAACUACGAAGCUGGCGAAUGAGUGGACGCAUAUCUUGCACGGAAAAGACCGCAGAGGACGCGCGAUAUGGACCCCCGAGUACUUAGGCGUUGAAAGUUGGGAAUUUCUGAAUCACAUGGGACGCUUCGUGUGUGAAGACGUCCGCGAGUUGAUCACCGUUGAUUCGCUGCGGGACGGCCUGAAAUAUGCGCUGAAAAAGCCAGCGGUGGGACCAAAUGUAACGGCUGCGAGUGCUGCCUCUGCCGGGUCUUCCUCCUCCGCAGCUCCAGCGCCAUCAGAGCCACCUGCUGAGCCUGCUGCUUCCUCGGCGUCUUCGUCGGCUUCUUUGCAGCGCGAUCGCUUCGGGCGUACGCCAGUAGUGGAAAUCGCUUACCUCGCCCCGGUGGAUAGAACCCAGAACGCGAAGACGAAAUCCAAGGGGAAAAAGUGUCCGGGGCCCCAUCCUUCUACUUUAACGCUAGGAACGGUGCGCCGAGGGAGGGACAGAAACUGGUGGUAUGUCGAUGUGGAUGAUGCGGGCGUGAAAAGAUGGCAGAUCGUAGGGCUUAUAUUCGGGCGGCUGAACGCGUGGGGGCCGAAAAAGGAAGAAAUCGAAGACAUAAUUUGGCGUAGUUUGAGAAGUGAAGGAAAAAUUCGUGGCGGGAACAAACACUAGUGAAAUGUAAUGCUGAUGGGUUUUUCUCUUUUGUGCAUAAGAAAGUACACUGGAGGUGCUUGGCGAAGUGGCGUUUGUUCACCAGAAGAGUCAAGAACCGCAAAUGUCGUGAAAUCACCAGCAAUUUUCAGUCGCUAUUCAGUUAGUGGCUGCGCUUUUCGUUAUAUGCGUCAAAAGUAAUUCUUUAAAACUAUGCCCUAAACUGAGUCAGCCACAGCCUCUACGGGUUCACAUCGACCGAAAUUUCUUUCAAAGAAAUGAGCGAUUGUACGUGUUAGGUUUUUUUGCCCAUUUUCCGACUUUUUAAUGCCCCAGUCUAUCUUACUUGGUCAUAAUGUUCUCAUUUUCUGGUUCUGAAAACUCUGUCCAGUGGAAUUCUAUUAUUUACAUGGGUGUUUAUUGAAGGCGGAAGAAAAUUGCGUAUAUCUACCCCAAUUAUCUCAGCAUAGGUAACAUGGUAAUAGCAAAGACUGAAGCUUAGCACGGACAAAUGUAUUGAUGAAACGAUAGCAUAAGCAAGAUCAUUGAUGGAAAAUUAUCAUUAGUUUGGAAGUAGAAGCGAAUGAAAUGUGAUGAAGUAAAUAUGGUAUUGUGUGAACGAGAGCGGCGCUGUUUGAUCAGCAUCGCAUAAUUGUUUGAAUUCGAUUAGUAUGGGGCCACUCAGUAGCGGGUAGAAGUCGUCAGGGAAAUCUUAGGCAGAUUGCCGAAUAGAUUCGCAUCAUCAGCAUGAGGCCACUGCUUGGCAUUGAAUGUAGCGCCAGGAGUUACCACGAUCCGGGUCGGCUUCGAUAUAUUCCAAAAGCCGUUUUAUGACUUUUUUCCGUUGAAUAAUUGUGCUCGUGAAGUUCUUCUUCCACUUACUCUGCACCACAGUGGAAUCGCAUCCUUCGUGGUUGUCUCGUUAUUCUUCCGUGCUUUUACAAAAUGAGCCAGACACACAUGUCGAGAACGGCAGCAUCCGUCAAAGUUUCGCCAACUGAAAGCAGCAUGACAAAACUAAAUGGCGCACCAGAGAGGAC